AUGCAAUACAAAUACAAGUGUUGUUACCCUAAGACCGUGCCUACAGUGUCGGGACUGAAGAUCGCGACGGUCACUUGGCGUCGACGCGUCGACGCGCGUCACCUUGACGCGUCUCGGCGUCGUCGGAGAGCAAUUUACCCCCAUUCUCCGAGCCCACCCAUCCUCAACGGUCUGGACGGUGGGCCCGGCGGGUGCGAUACCAAGCAUCUGA